AUGUGCACCCGCUGGCGAGCUCUCUCACCUCAGCCUCUGAUGGGUGACCUACCUCGAGGACGAGUGACACCCGCACGUCCCUUCCUCAGAACUGGAGUCGACUACGCUGGUCCUAUCUUUAUCCGUACGAGCAAGGCUCGAGGUCAUCGAGCCCACAAGGCGUUCGUAGUGGUCUUCAUCUGUUUGUUUUCCAGGGCAGUCCACCUGGACGUUGUGUCAGAUUACUCUUCUGAAGCUUUCCUCGCUGCAUUCCGCCGGUUCAUCUCACGCCGGGGUCUGUGCAAAGAGAUGUACUCGGAUUGUGGCACAAAUUUCAUCGGCGUGGAUAAGGAACUUCGCCGUAUGUUCCACGCUUCAUCUGCCGACGGCCGUCGGAUCUCACAAUCCUGCUCCCAGGAGGGAGUAUCUUGGCGCUUCAAUCCUCCCGCCGCACCUCAAUUCGGCGGACUCUGGGAAGCUGCAGUCAAGUCCACUAAGUAUCACCUGCGACGGGUGAUAGGGGAGACCACUCUCAUCUUCGAAGAGAUGAGUACCCUGCUGGCUCAGAUUGAGGCGUGCUUGAAUUCCCGUCCUUUACAGGCUCUGACCGAUGACCCAGAUGAUUUGUCCGCACUAACUCCUGGACAUUUUCUUAUAGGAUUUGUCCGCACUAACUCCUGGACAUUUUCUUCCAUUGCUCGCACUUCCUGA